AAUGUGUACAAAGCAGACUUUAAUAACUGGCUGAGAGGAGUCGGCUGGAUCCCAAUUCAGUCACUGGAUGUAGAAAAGGCCAAAAAAGCUACAGAGAUUCUCAGUGAGAAGAAAUAUCGGCAACACCCAGACAAGCUGAAGUUUUCUAUUACCAUGGAUGCAAUGGAACAAGUUCUUGCUAAGCAAAAUGCCAAGACCAUGAAUAAGAGGCUCUACACUGAUAAAUGGAACAAGGAGAAGACCAGCAUUCAUGUUAUGCCAGACACUCCAGAAAUUCUGCAGUCUAGAGUGAACCAGAUCACCAUGAGUAAUAAACUGUACAAAGCUGGCUGGGAGGAAGACAAGAAGAAGGGCUAUGACCUGAAGCCAGAUGCAAUGCCAAUAAAAGCAGCCAAAGCCUCCAGAGACAUUGCAAGUGAUUAUAAAUACAAACUAGCCUACGAAAAAGAUAAAGGAAAGCAUAUUGGGUUCCGCAGCCUUGAAGACGACCCCAAGCUGGUGCACUUCAUGCAGGUGGCUAAAAUGCAGUCUGAUCGUGAAUAUAAAAAAGAUUAUGAGAAGGCAAAGACCAAUUUCCACACUCCAGUUGACAUGUUCAGUGUUGUGGCAGCCAAGAAAGCCCAGGAAGUGGUUACAAAUACAAACUACAAGAGCCUGAUCCAUACCUACAAUGUUUUGCCUGAUGCUAUGAGUCUUGAAUUAGCCAAAAACAUGAUGCAGAUACAAAGUGAUAAUCAGUACAGAGCAGAAUAUGAUGAAAGUAUGAAGGGUGUUGGGUGGAUUCCACUGGGCUCCCUGGAAGCUGAGAAGAACAAAAAAGCAAUGGAAAUUAUUAGUGAGAAGAAGUAUCGCCAGCAUCCAGACAAGCUGAAGUAUUCUGUUCCCAUGGAUUCCAUGAACAUGGUCUUAGCUUUAAAUAAUGCUAAAAUCAUGGAUGAGCACAAGUACAAAGAAGCAUGGGAAGAAGACAAAAAGAAAGUCCACAUCACACCAGAUAUUCCACAGAUUGCUUUAGCAAAAGUUAAUGCAUUUAAUCUAAGUGAUAAAAUGUACAGACUUUCAUUUGAAGAAUCUAGGAAGAAAGGGUAUGAUCUCAGAGCUGAUGCUAUCCCUAUUAAAGCUGCCAAAGCUUCCAGGGAUAUUGCUAGCGAUUAUAAAUACAAAUUAGGUUAUGAACAAGACAAGGGAAAACUCGUAGGCUUCCGCAGCCUUCAGGAUGAUCCCAAACUUGUCCAUUAUAUGCAAGUGGCGAAGAUGCAGUCUGACCGUGAGUACAAGAAAGCUUACGAGAUGGGCAAGACACAUUACCAAAUGCCUUCUGAUACCCUCAGCGUCGUGGCAGCCAAGGAGGCACAAGAUCGUGUAACCAACACUAACUACAAACGACUGAUUCACCAGUACAUGCUUCUGCCAGAUGCAAUGAGUUUUGAACUGUACCGAAACAUGAAUCAGAUACAAAGCAACAAUGAGUACAAGCAGGAUUACAAUGAGUGGUUCAAGGGUAUCGGGUGGAGUCCCGAUGGCUCUCUGGAUGUGGUGAAAUCGAAGAAAGCCACAGAAAUAGCAAGCGAUCGGAAAUACCGCCAGCAUCCCAGCCUGUUCCCCUUCACCAAACAGAAUGACUCCAUGGACAUGGUCCUCGCAAAGCAGAAUGCAAAUAUAAUGAACAAACAUGCUUAUACUGAAGCUUGGGAGAAGGACAAAAUUCAGGUUCAUGUGAUGCCAGAUACACCAGAUAUUCUACAGGCGAAACAGAACAAGACAAACUACAGUCAGAAACUCUACAAGCUUGGCUGGGAGGAAAUGAUAAAGAAAGGCUAUGACCUCACACCUGAAGCCAUUUCAGUGAAAUCUGCCAAAGCUUCCAGGGACAUCGCAAGUGACUACAAGUACAAAGAAGGUUACCGCAAGCAACAGGGACAUCACAUUGGAUUCCGCAGUUUACAGGAUGACCCUAAGAUGUUGUGGUCCAUGCAAGUGGCCAAGAUGCAGAGCGAGAGGGAGUACAAGAAAGACUUUGAAAAGUGGAAGACGAAGUUUAACAUGCCUGUGGAUAUGUUAGGCUUCCUUCUGGCUAAGAAAUGUCAGGAACUGGUCAGUGAUAUAGACUACAAACGGAUACUACAUCGCUGGACUUGUCUGCCGGACCAGAAUGAUGUCACCCAGGCAAAAAGGGUCUACGAGCUACAGAGUGAUAAUCUAUAUAAGGCAGAUCUACAAUGGCUCAAAGGCAUUGGAUGGAGUCCUUUGGGAUCUUUGGAAUCUGAAAAGAACAAGAAAGCUUCUGAAAUAUUGAGUGAAAAGAAGUACCGGCAGCACCCAGACACCAUUAAGUUCACAAGUAUCCCAGAUGCCAUGGAUAUUGUUUUAGCAAAAUCUAAUGCCAAAAACAGGAGUAAUAUACUGUAUAGAGAAGCUUGGGACAAGGACAAGACUCAGGUUCACAUCAUGCCUGAUACUCCUGAAAUUUUGCUGGCUAAAUCAAACUUGAUUAACAUGAGUGAUAAACAUUACAAGUUAGGAUAUGAAGAACUGAAGAAGAAAGGCUACGAUCUUCCUCCUGAUGCCAUACCCCUCAAGUCAGCAAAGGCGUCCAGAGACAUAGCUAGUGAAUACCAAUACAAAACUGCAUACAGAAAGCAGCUUGGCCACCACAUCGGGGCCCGUAACAUAGAGGAUGACCCCAAGAUGAUGUGGUCGAUGCACGUAGCCAAGAUCCAGAGUGACCGAGAGUACAAGAAAGCCUUUGAGAAGUCCAAGACCCACUUCAGUAGCCCAGUGGACAUGCUGGGCAUCGUGUUGGCCAAGAAAUGUCAGGAGUUGGUGAGCGAUGUGGAUUACAAGCACCCUCUGCAUCGGUGGACCUGUCUGCCGGACCAGAACGAUGUUGUACAAGCCAGGAAAGUGUAUGACCUUCAGAGUGAUAACGUGUACAAGUCUGACCUGCUGUGGCUGAGGGGCAUUGGCUGGUCCCCCAGUGGAUCUCUGGAUGAUGAGAAGAAUAAGAGGGCGAGCCUGAUCCUGAGUGACAAGAAGUAUCGGCAGCACCCAGACACCAUCAAAUUCACGAGCCUCCCUGACUCCAUGCCUAUGGUUCUGGCAAAGCACAACUCUGAGAUUAUGAACCAGCGCUCAUACGUAGCAGCAUGGGAGAAGGAUAAAACCAGCAUCCACAUUAUGCCAGACACCCCUGGUAUUUUGCUGGCCCAGCAGAACAGAGUGAACUUCAGUGAGAAACUGUACAAGCUUGCCAUGGAGGAAGAUAAGAAGAAAGGCUACGACAUGCGGGCAGAUGCCAUUCCAAUCAAGUCUGCUAAAGCUUCCAGAGAUAUUGCAAGUGAUUACAAAUACAAAGAAGGCUAUCGCAAGCAGCUUGGCCACCACAUCGGGGCCCGUAACAUAGAGGAUGACCCCAAGAUGAUGUGGUCGAUGCACGUAGCCAAGAUCCAGAGUGACCGAGAGUACAAGAAAGCCUUUGAGAAGUCCAAGACCCACUUCAGUAGCCCAGUGGACAUGCUGGGCAUCGUGUUGGCCAAGAAAUGUCAGGAGUUGGUGAGCGAUGUGGAUUACAAGCACCCUCUGCAUCGGUGGACCUGUCUGCCGGACCAGAACGAUGUUGUACAAGCCAGGAAAGUGUAUGACCUUCAGAGUGAUAACGUGUACAAGUCUGACCUGCUGUGGCUGAGGGGCAUUGGCUGGUCCCCCAGUGGAUCUCUGGAUGAUGAGAAGAAUAAGAGGGCGAGCCUGAUCCUGAGUGACAAGAAGUAUCGGCAGCACCCGGACACCAUCAAAUUCACGAGCCUCCCUGACUCCAUGCCUAUGCUUUUGGCAAAGCACAACUCUGAGAUUAUGAACCAGCGCUCAUACGUAGCAGCAUGGGAGAAGGAUAAAACCAGCAUCCACAUUAUGCCAGACACCCCUGGUAUUUUGCUGGCCCAGCAGAACAGAGUGAACUUCAGUGAGAAACUGUACAAGCUUGCCAUGGAGGAAGAUAAGAAGAAAGGCUACGACAUGCGGGCAGAUGCCAUUCCAAUCAAGUCUGCUAAAGCUUCCAGAGAUAUUGCAAGUGAUUACAAAUACAAAGAAGGCUAUCGCAAGCAGCUUGGCCACCACAUCGGGGCCCGUAACAUAGAGGAUGACCCCAAGAUGAUGUGGUCGAUGCAUGUAGCCAAGAUCCAGAGUGACCGAGAGUACAAGAAAGCCUUUGAGAAGUCCAAGACCCACUUCAGUAGCCCAGUGGACAUGCUGGGCAUCGUGUUGGCCAAGAAAUGUCAGGAGUUGGUGAGCGAUGUGGAUUACAAGCACCCUCUGCAUCGGUGGACCUGUCUGCCGGACCAGAACGAUGUUGUACAAGCCAGGAAAGUGUAUGACCUUCAGAGUGAUAACGUGUACAAGUCUGACCUGCUGUGGCUGAGGGGCAUUGGCUGGUCCCCCAGUGGAUCUCUGGAUGAUGAGAAGAAUAAGAGGGCGAGCCUGAUCCUGAGUGACAAGAAGUAUCGGCAGCACCCGGACACCAUCAAAUUCACGAGCCUCCCUGACUCCAUGCCUAUGCUUUUGGCAAAGCACAACUCUGAGAUUAUGAACCAGCGCUCAUACGUAGCAGCAUGGGAGAAGGAUAAAACCAGCAUCCACAUUAUGCCAGACACCCCUGGUAUUUUGCUGGCCCAGCAGAACAGAGUGAACUUCAGUGAGAAACUGUACAAGCUUGCCAUGGAGGAAGAUAAGAAGAAAGGCUACGACAUGCGGGCAGAUGCCAUUCCAAUCAAGUCUGCUAAAGCUUCCAGAGAUAUUGCAAGUGAUUACAAAUACAAAGAAGGCUAUCGCAAGCAGCUUGGCCACCACAUCGGGGCCCGUAACAUAGAGGAUGACCCCAAGAUGAUGUGGUCGAUGCACGUAGCCAAGAUCCAGAGUGACCGAGAGUACAAGAAAGCCUUUGAGAAGUCCAAGACCCACUUCAGUAGCCCAGUGGACAUGCUGGGCAUCGUGUUGGCCAAGAAAUGUCAGGAGUUGGUGAGCGAUGUGGAUUACAAGCACCCUCUGCAUCGGUGGACCUGUCUGCCGGACCAGAACGAUGUUGUACAAGCCAGGAAAGUGUACGACCUUCAGAGUGAUAACGUGUACAAGUCUGACCUGCUGUGGCUGAGGGGCAUUGGCUGGUCCCCCAGUGGUUCUCUGGAUGAUGAGAAGAAUAAGAGGGCAGGCCUCAUCCUGAGUGACAAGAAGUAUCGGCAGCACCCGGACACCAUCAAGUUCACGAGCCUCCCUGACUCCAUGCCGAUGCUUUUGGCAAAGCACAACUCUGAGAUUAUGAACCAGCGCUCAUACACAGAAGCAUGGGAGAAGGAUAAAACCAGCAUCCACAUUAUGCCAGACACCCCUGGUAUUUUGCUGGCCCAGCAGAACAGAGUGAACUUCAGUGAGAAAAUGUACAAGCUUGCCAUGGAGGAAGAUAAGAAGAAAGGCUACGACAUGCGGGCAGAUGCCAUUCCAAUCAAGUCUGCUAAAGCUUCCAGAGAUAUUGCAAGUGAUUACAAAUACAAAGAAGGCUAUCGCAAGCAGCUUGGCCACCACAUCGGGGCCCGUAACAUAGAGGAUGACCCCAAGAUGAUGUGGUCGAUGCACGUAGCCAAGAUCCAGAGUGACCGAGAGUACAAGAAAGCCUUUGAGAAGUCCAAGACCCACUUCAGUAGCCCAGUGGACAUGCUGGGCAUCGUGUUGGCCAAGAAAUGUCAGGAGUUGGUGAGCGAUGUGGAUUACAAGCACCCUCUGCAUCGGUGGACCUGUCUGCCGGACCAGAACGAUGUUGUACAAGCCAGGAAAGUGUACGACCUUCAGAGUGAUAAUGUGUACAAGUCUGACCUGCUGUGGCUGAGGGGCAUUGGCUGGUCCCCCAGUGGUUCUCUGGACGAUGACUUAUGGGAGAAGGAUAAAACCAGCAUCCACAUUAUGCCAGACACCCCUGGUAUUUUGCUGGCCCAGCAGAACAGAGUGAACUUCAGUGAGAAACUGUACAAGCUUGCCAUGGAGGAAGAUAAGAAGAAAGGCUACGACAUGCGGGCAGAUGCCAUUCCAAUCAAGUCUGCUAAAGCUUCCAGAGAUAUUGCAAGUGAUUACAAGUAUAAGGAAGGCUAUCGCAAGCAGCUUGGCCACCACAUCGGGGCCCGUAACAUAGAGGAUGACCCCAAGAUGUUGUGGUCGAUGCACGGAGCCAAGAUCCAGAGUGACGGAGAGUACAAGAAAGCCUUUGAGAAGACCAAGACCCACUUCAGUAGCCCAGUGGACAUGCUGGGCAUUGUGUUGGCCAAGAAAUGUCAGGAGUUGGUGAGCGACAUCGAUUACCGCAACUAUCUACAUGAAUGGACUUGCCUGCCAGACCAGAACGAUGUUAUCCAUGCUAGGAAGGCCUAUGAUCUACAGAGUGAUAACUGCUACAAGUCUGACCUUGAAUGGUUACGAGGCAUUGGUUGGGUCCCGAUUGGUUCCUUGGAAGUUGAAAAAGCCAAGAAGGCAGGAGAGAUCUUGAGUGAUAAAAUAUACCGCCAGCAUCCAGACACAAUCAAGUUUACUAGUGUCACCGAUUCUCUGGAGAUGGUCUUGGCCAAGCACAACGCAGAGACAAUGAAUAAGCGUUUAUAUACUGAGGCCUGGGAUAAAGACAAGACACAAAUCCACAUAAUGCCUGACACACCUGAGAUCACACUGGCGAAACAAAACAUGCAAAACUACAGUGUGAAACUCUACAAACAGGCCAUGGAAGAAGACAAAAAGAAAGGCUAUGAUUUGAGAAGUGACGCUAUCCCCAUCCAGGCUGCCAAAGCCUCCCGGCAAAUUGCCAGUGAUUACAAAUACAAAGAAGGCUAUCGCAAGCAGCUUGGCCACCACAUCGGGGCCCGUAACAUAGAGGAUGACCCCAAGAUGAUGUGGUCGAUGCACGUAGCCAAGAUCCAGAGUGACCGAGAGUACAAGAAAGCCUUUGAGAAGUCCAAGACCCACUUCAGUAGCCCAGUGGACAUGCUGGGCAUUGUGUUGGCCAAGAAAUGUCAAGGGUUGGUUAGCGACAUCGAUUACCGCCACUAUCUUCACCAGUGGAUCUGCCUGCCGGACCAGAACGAUGUUAUCCAUGCUAGGAAGGCCUAUGAUCUACAGAGUGAUGUGAGUUCUUUUUGAUUUAAUUUCUGGUGAGGAAUGUAUUUGAUUUGUAUGUAUUUUUACAUAGAUGGACCAGGCAAUCAUGUAACAAUAUGGUAGAUCCUGAGUGACAAGAAGUAUCGGCAGCACCCGGACACCAUCAAGUUCACGAGCCUCCCUGACUCCAUGCCGAUGCUUUUGGCAAAGCACAACUCUGAGAUUAUGAACCAGCGCUCAUACGUAGAAGCAUGGGAGAAGGAUAAAACCAGCAUCCACAUUAUGCCAGACACCCCUGGUAUUUUGCUGGCCCAGCAGAACAGAGUGAACUUCAGUGAGAAACUGUACAAGCUUGCCAUGGAGGAAGAUAAGAAGAAAGGCUACGACAUGCGGGCAGAUGCCAUUCCAAUCAAGUCUGCUAAAGCUUCCAGAGAUAUUGCAAGUGAUUACAAGUAUAAGGAAGGCUAUCGCAAGCAGCUUGGCCACCACAUCGGGGCCCGUAACAUAGAGGAUGACCCCAAGAUGUUGUGGUCGAUGCACGUAGCCAAGAUCCAGAGUGACAGAGAGUACAAGAAAGCCUUUGAGAAGACCAAGACCCACUUCAGUAGCCCAGUGGACAUGCUGGGCAUUGUGUUGGCCAAGAAAUGUCAGGAGUUGGUGAGCGACAUCGAUUACCGCAACUAUCUACAUGAAUGGACUUGCCUGCCAGACCAGAACGAUGUUAUCCAUGCUAGGAAGGCCUAUGAUCUACAGAGUGAUAACUGCUACAAGUCUGACCUUGAAUGGUUACGAGGCAUUGGUUGGGUCCCGAUUGGUUCCUUGGAUGUUGAAAAGGCCAAGAAGGCAGGAGAGAUCUUGAGUGAUAAAAUAUACCGCCAGCAUCCAGACACGAUCAAGUUUACUAGUGUCGCUGAUUCUCUGGAGAUGGUCUUGGCCAAGCACAACGCAGAGACAAUGAAUAAGCGUUUAUAUACUGAGGCCUGGGAUAAAGACAAGACACAAAUCCACAUAAUGCCUGACACACCUGAGAUCACACUGGCGAAACAAAACAUGCAAAACUACAGUGUGAAACUCUACAAACAGGCCAUGGAAGAAGACAAAAAGAAAGGCUAUGAUUUGAGAAGUGACGCUAUCCCCAUCCAGGCUGCCAAAGCCUCCCGGCAAAUUGCCAGUGAUUACAAAUACAAAGAAGGCUAUCGCAAGCAGCUUGGCCACCACAUCGGGGCCCGUAACAUAGAGGAUGACCCCAAGAUGAUGUGGUCGAUGCACGUAGCCAAGAUCCAGAGUGACAGAGAGUACAAGAAAGCCUUUGAGAAGACCAAGACCCACUUCAGUAGCCCAGUGGACAUGCUGGGCAUUGUGUUGGCCAAGAAAUGUCAAGGGUUGGUGAGCGACAUCGAUUACCGCCACUAUCUUCACCAGUGGAUCUGCCUGCCGGACCAGAACGAUGUUAUCCAUGCUAGGAAGGCCUAUGAUCUACAGAGUGAUAACUGCUACAAGUCUGACCUUGAAUGGUUACGAGGCAUUGGUUGGGUCCCGAUUGGUUCCUUGGAAGUUGAAAAAGCCAAGAAGGCAGGAGAGAUCUUGAGUGAUAAAAUAUACCGCCAGCAUCCAGACACAAUCAAGUUUACUAGUGUCACCGAUUCUCUGGAGAUGGUCUUGGCCAAGCACAACGCAGAGACAAUGAAUAAGCGUUUAUACACUGAAGCAUGGAAUAAAGAUAAGACCAUGGUUCAUGUGAUGCCUGACACACCAGAAAUCAUGUUAGCAAAGCAAAACCAAUUAAACUACAGUCAGAAAAUGUACAAACUGGCUUUGGAGGAAUCGAAGAAGAAGGGUCACGAUUUGCGUUUUGAUGCCAUUCCUAUUCAAGCUGCCAAAGCAUCCAGGGAGAUUGCCAGUGAUUACAAAUACAAAGAAGGCUAUCGCAAGCAGCUUGGCCACCACAUCGGGGCCCGUAACAUAGAGGAUGACCCCAAGAUGAUGUGGUCGAUACACGUAGCCAAGAUCCAGAGUGACAGAGAGUACAAGAAAGCCUUUGAGAAGACCAAGACCCACUUCAGUAGCCCAGUGGACAUGCUGGGCAUUGUGUUGGCCAAGAAAUGUCAAGGGUUGGUGAGCGACAUCGAUUACCGCCACUAUCUUCACCAGUGGAUCUGCCUGCCGGACCAGAAUGAUGUUAUCCAUGCUAAGAAGGCCUAUGAUCUACAGAGUGAUGCCGUUUACAAAUCAGACCUGGAAUGGCUGAGAGGUAUUGGAUGGGUUCCCAUUGGCUCCGUGGAUGUUGAGAAGGCUAAGAAAGCUGGUGAAAUCCUGAGUGAAAGGAAGUAUCGUCAACCAGCAGACCAAAUUAAAUUUACUAGUGUGACGGAUUCCUUGGCCAUGGUCUUAGCCAAGCAAAAUGCUGAGAUAAUGAACAAGCGUUUGUACACGGAAGCCUGGGAAGCAGACAAAAAGUCCAUUCACGUCAUGCCUGACACACCAACAAUUUUGCUGGCGAAGGCCAACGCAGCUAAUGUUAGCCAUAAACUUUAUGUACAAGCCUGGGAAGAGGCCAAAAAGAAGGGUUACGACAUGAGAGCUGAUGCGAUCCCAAUCCAAAGUGCAAAGGCAUCAAGAGAUAUUGCGAGUGAUUACAAGUACAAACAAGCACAUGAGAAGCAGAAAGGCCACUACAUCGGGUGCCGAACUGCCCAGGAGGACCCCAAGCUGUCGUGGGCCGCGCGGGCCAUGGCGCUGCAGAACGACCGCAUUUACCGGAAGGCCUACCAUGAUUCGAAGGCCCAGGUCCACAUCCCGGUGGACGCGAUAUCCGUGCAGGCAGCCAAGGAGUGCCAGACACUGGUCAGUGACAUUGACUAUCGCCAGUACCUCCACCAGUGGACCUGUCUGCCCGACCAGAAUGACGUGAUCCAUGCAAGGAAGGCCUACGACCUACAGAGUGAUAACGUGUACAAGUCAGACCUGGAGUGGUUGCGAGGCAUCGGCUGGUUGACAGAAGGUUCUGUGGAUGUGGUCAAAGCAAAGAAAGCCCAGGAGCUCCUGAACGAGAGGCUGUACCGCACGCGACCGGACGAGAUGAAGUUCACCAGCAUUACUGACGCGCCAGACGUUGUCCAGGCCAAGAUCAAUGCUCUGCAGAUGAGUGACCGUCUGUACCAUGAAGCCUGGGAUAAAGAUAAGACACAGAUUUCCAUACCUUCGGAUACUCCUGUCAUGCUGCAGUCCAAAGUCAAUGCUAUCAACAUCAGCAACAAACAUUAUCAGAAGGCCUGGGAUGAGGCAAAGGCGAAAAGCUAUGACAUAAGAGCUGAUGCCAUUUCCAUCAAACACGCCAAGGCUUCCAGAGACAUUGCUAGUGAGUACAAGUACAAAGAAACACACGAGAAGCAGAAAGGCCACUACAUCGGGUGCCGAACUGCCCAGGAGGACCCCAAGCUGUCGUGGGCCGCGCGGGCCAUGGCGCUGCAGAACGACCGCAUUUACCGGAAGGCCUACCAUGAUUCGAAGGCCCAGGUCCACAUCCCGGUGGACGCGAUAUCCGUGCAGGCAGCCAAGGAGUGCCAGACACUGGUCAGUGACAUUGACUAUCGCCAGUACCUCCACCAGUGGACCUGUCUGCCCGACCAGAAUGACGUGAUCCAUGCAAGGAAGGCCUACGACCUACAGAGUGAUGCUGUCUAUAAGUCAGACCUGGAGUGGCUCCGUGGAAUUGGCUGGUUGCCGAAUGACUCUCCAGAAGUCAAGAGAGUGAAGCAAGCCCAGGAUCUCCUGAGCAACAAUGUGUAUCGAACACCUAUUGAUAGCCUGAAAUACACCAGCAUUGUUGAUUCUCCAGACGUUGUUCUGGCCAAAGUGAAUGCCGAGCAAGUCAGCAUUCCAAAAUACAAAGAAGCCUGGGAAAAGGACAAGACUAUGAUUCAUAUUAUGCCAGACACACCUGAAAUCAACCUAGCCAAGACUAAUGCUGCUAAUUAUAGCCAGAAACUGUAUAAAGAAGCUUGGGAUGAGCUGAAGAUGAGUUACGAUUUGAGAGCAGAUGCAAUCCCAAUCAAGGCAGCCAAAGCUUCCAGAGAAAUUGCUAGUGAUUAUAAAUACAAACUGGAACAUGAGAAGCAGAAAGGGCAUUAUGUUGGAGUUCCAAAUGCAAAAGAAGAUACGAGAAUGCAGUUUGCCCUGGGCAUAGGCAAAGUUCAGAGCGAGCUAGAAUACAAGAAACACUUUGCCAAGUGGAAGACGCAGUGCCACCUACCAGUAGACAUGCUGUCUAUCCAGUCAGCCAAACAUGGUCAGUCCUUGGUCAGUGAUGUUGAUUACCGUCAAUACCUACAUCAGUGGAUCUGUCUUCCAGAUCAGAAUGAUGUCAUACACGCUAGGAAAGCCUACGAUCUUCAGAGCGAUGCUGUCUAUAAAUCUGAUUUGGAAUGGCUACGGGGGAUUGGAUGGUUGCCAAACGACUCUGUUGGAAUCAACCAUGUCAAAUAUGCUGGAGAUAUCUUGAGUGAGAAAAAAUACCGUACAAAAGCCGAAGCUCUUCCAUUUACUCCAGUGGCGGACAGAGUUGAUUAUAUCACAGCAAAGAAUAGCAGUGAAAUUCUUAGUGAUAUUAAAUACCACAAAGCGUGGAACGAGGCCAAGUCAAAUUAUACUCUAACAGACACCCCACAGCUUGAUAUGGCCCGGGAGGCAGCCAGAAUUCUUAACCAGAAUUUAUACAAGGAAGGUUGGGAGAAAGAAAAAGCCACUGGUUACCUCUUGCCUCCUGACACUGUGCAGAUCUGUCAUGCCAAACGCUCAAGUGAGGUCCAAAGUGAG